GCACGUCGUUGGCGUCGACAUGUCGACCAUCAUCUUCAAGGCCCGCGAGAUUGUCAAGAUCAACGGCUUGGCGGACAAGAUCACCCUGAUCCAGGGCAAAAUGGAGGAGAUCGAGCUGCCGUACGAGAAGGUCGACAUCAUUAUCUCAGAGUGGAUGGGCUACUUCCUGCUCUACGAGAGUAUGCUGGACACUGUGCUCUACGCCCGCGAUAAGUAUCUUAAGAAAGACGGGCUCAUCUUCCCCGACAAGGCCACCAUCUUCGUGGCCGGCAUCGAAGAUGGGGAAUACAAGGAGGAGAAGAUCGGCUUCUGGGACAACGUCUACGGCUUCGACUACACCCCGCUGAAGGAGACGGCGCUGUCCGAGCCGCUGGUCGACACGGUCGAGAUGAAGGCGGUGGUGACGGACCCGACGGCGGUGCUGACGCUGGACCUGUACAAGGUGCAGCCGUCCGACCUGGCCUUCAGCUGCCCGUUCGACCUGGUGGCGCGGCGCGCCGACUUCAUCCACGCGCUGGUGGCCUGGUUCGACAUCGAGUUCACCGCCUGCCACAAGCCGAUCCGCUUCUCCACCGGCCCGCACACCAAGUACACGCACUGGAAGCAGACCGUCUUCUACCUCAAGGACGUGCUCACGGUCGAGCAGGGCGAGAAGGUCGAGUGCUCCCUGCACAACCGCCCAAACGAGAAGAACCGCCGCGACCUCGACAUCAAGAUCGAGUACCGCCUCGACACCCAGGACCCCACCCGCCAGGCCGAGGGCACCUGUCUGUACAAGAUGUGCUAGGCGCCGGCUGCGUCGGUAUGGGAGCUUCGCUGAUGGAAGAAGACCCGAGGGAGCCGGGUUUUUCUUUCUGAUCGCUAGGGCGGAAUCUAGCGAGAGGCUGGCAUGGAUGAUGGCAUUUUUCCCUUUUUUUUCUUUUUUCUGGGGUGGGGGGGAGGGAGGGAGGAGGGUGAGAAGGGUGGCUGUAGAAAAGGGUCCAUCGGCGUUUUUCUUGGCUGAUUCAGUAUCAUUACUGCUCAGGCUCAGCGGGUGUGUGGUGCAAAACAUGGUGAUGAGGUGAUGAGCCUGGAUGACUAGGGAUACCCGUGAAAACUGGUGGGAGAGAACUACUGAAGGGAGCUCGUUUCAUGCGCUUGAGCCCGUGGAAUCUGAAUUCACUGUGAUAACAUGAUGUGGCUUCAACUUGAAUGCCUGACCUGCUUUGCAAUCGAGCGGAACCUGGUGGUUGGUUGUCAUUGCAUGUCUGAUUGUCUCAACCACACACCCCUUUUUAUGCUCACUCUCUACGGAGUACACCGGGGCGGACGAUAACGAACCACAUUCUGCUCUCAUCUUUUCUAUCUGCUUUCCUUUUUUUCCCCCUCAAUUCCUCCCAACCGCCGCCCACUUCCUCUCUCUGUCGGACCUCACUUUUUAUCCACCCCUUUUCUCCCCUUUUCCCCU